GCUUAGCUAUCAUUUGUCUAAUUUCCCCAAUUUUAAGCUCAUCAUCGGCAGCAUCUUCAGCUUCCUGUUAAACUUGAGGAUGGCUUCAAUCUCUUCCCGCUGGCGGGGGCUCUGCAAAUCUCGUCGGAACUUCACUUCCAAAACGCAUUGAAUUCUUCUCUCAUUCCUUCUGAGAAAUUCUUCGCUAUUGCCGAUCAAGGGACGGAGUUGUUAAAUCUGGCGUCCGAUAUCUGGAAGCGACUUUUCGCCCCAAGAAGCAGAAGAUCUGCUCCGAUUGUUCCGAUUAUCCAAUUAAAUAAUGGAAGUCAUCAAUUCCUUCAGGUUCCUUGGCUACUUCAUGAAUGUUGUCCUACUAUGCGGUUCUACUAUGCGAUUAACCUACUUGCCCCCUGCUCCCCGUAAGCUUUACACAUUCUUGGAGACAACAAUGGAUACGCUUGUUUUGCUGCCUAGUUUUAUCGAAGUUCUUGAUGAAGCUAAGAGUCUCUCUAGUUCUCCUGCCAAUCUUGUGAUCAUUUUUUUAGUUCUUGUUCUUAAUUUAGCCUUUGCACUCAGUCUUUUUUGGUUCGUAGUUAUGCAUGCAUCUCCCCUGAUGAGCAAUCCAUUAUCAAUUGAGGUGGUCGAUCAUUAUCCAAGGAUGAGACUAAAGAAGAAGUUCUGUCCAUGGAAGUGCAGAAACAGGAGAUGGAAAUAGAGAUCAAAAUGAAGAUGGGAGCGAUCAUCAAAACAAGACUAAAAGGUACCAUCCAUUGUUGCUUCUGUGAUCUAUGAAACCGAACCGCCCACCAACCCAUCACGAACCCCCCUGAUACACUUACCAAAACUAAAACUAGACAUGUCCACACAUCCUUAAGAUCUCUGUUCUUCUGCUUCUUCUGCUCUCUCUCCCCCUUCAUCCCAGCUUCAGUGUCUGCUCCCACCUGCAAUUCUCUCGUGUGUGACAUAGAAUAGGAGGAAAAACUCACAAAUGAUCCAUUAGAAGGAGAAGAA